AUGUAUAACGAUGCAGUCCAAUAUUGCCAGCAGGACCCUCUUUCUCAUCACUUUGUUGCACAGUCAAACAACUUACCAGUUGUCGAAGUAAGUUGUACACCAGAGGACGCGGACGAUAAGGCAAAAGAUCUCGAGAACAAAAGGGCAGAAGCCAUUACUAAUUCUAAAAUCGGAUCGGCUAACCGAAGAUUUACAUUCGGCAAGCAAGGAAAUGUCAACCAUAAUAAAAGUCCGUUUUCCUUUCAUCUAAAUUCACUGCUGGAAUGUCAGGAAAUAUUCCAAGACCCAAGUCUAAUAUGCCUGAAUCAGUUGCCUGGUCAGAUAUUCGAUAUGAUAAAGUUGAAAGAUUAUGAUGGGGUAUCUGCGACUUUAGCUGAAAGAGGGUACAAAGUGGAAAUACUACCCAAAAUAGGCUGCCCUAAGGUCCACUAUAACACAAUCACGAACAUUGCAAAUAUCAAAAACAAGGAAGGAGACACGGUCCUCAUCGCAGCAUCUAAAACCAACUUCAGGAUGGUAGAAAUUGUCUUGAAAUACGGAGCUGAUCCAAACGCAACAAACAAGAAGGGUGAUGGUCCUCUCAGUAUUGCUGCUGCGCGAGGUGACAGGGACUCUAUAGACGCACUCCUUCAAGCAGGAGCUAACCUCAAUGCGGCUGUAACCAAACUCAUUUCGGAUCUUGGUAAUAGCACAGAUGCUGAUGUUCAACAGGCAGAGUCGGGCUUCAGCGUGAAGUCCUUGUCAUUUCUUUUGUCCAACGAUGUUUAUUUGCAGUGCAGGGAUCCCUUUACAGCAUCUUUCGAAGUGAGCAAGAGUAUAGAGGCAAUUGUUAAGAUCAGAAGCGAGUUUAGAAUGGAGUUUGAAUUGCUAAUCCGAGACGCUGACGUCUUUGCUUACAAAAUGUUGGAUCAAUGUGAAAAGAUGUGGGAGACUAAGGAGGUUCUUGAUAAGUCACAUGGAAUACUCAAAAAAGCAAUAGAUGAGGGGAAGAAGAGGUUUGUCGGCCAUCCUUUUAGUCAGCAGAUUAUUUUAGAAGAAUGGUACGGCAACGAAGCAUACAAAUCAACCUGGGAUAAGAUAAAAAUAGCAGCUAAGUAUAUACUGAGCCCUUUCCUUCUACCGUGGUAUUUGAUCAAGUUCUUGGUAGUUGAGAAAGUGCUGAAAAUUCCACCAAGAUUGUCAAGGGGGGUACAGCAUAUUCAUUUUCUGUUUAUCCCAUUCAUUUGCUUUCUCACUGAUAUAUUGAACUAUUUGAUCCUGUUGGGACUGCUGAUAGCAACAUGCCUGUGCCCCAAAGAGUCUCACAUCCCUAGCAACACGGAGAUAGCUCUAUGGUUCUGCACAAUAUCCAGACUCUUGAUAGAAAUUGAUCAGUUGUUGGAGCAAGAGCUCUGGCGAUACUUGGCAAACAUGUGGAACAUCACUGAACUCUUCUCCAGUGUCAUGAUCUCGGCAGCAGCUGUCUAUAGAAUAAUAGUGUACUUUACAUACAAAGACAAGCCCGAUGACGAUUUGAUUAACCUGAAUAAUCUACAUAAGGACAUUCUAAAGAUUACUUAUAUGUACGCCUUAACUGAGUUUAUUAUGAUCCUGCGGUGGUUAAACUUCCUUGAGUUCUUUCCUGGUUUGGGACCGGUCUUGAUUGCUUUAAGAACUCUGAUAACUGAGGUGUUCAGAUUUGUGCUCAUCGUGUUGUUCACUUGUGUCAUGGGUACUGCUAUAGCCGUCCAUUCGGUCGUGAACACUGUAAGAUCUCAGAACAAAACCAUCACCGACCGUCAGGGGUGGGAUGCGAAUUCAAACCUUACCAAGGCAGGAGUCAAACCAAAGGAAAUUUCAUCAUUUUUCCAGGACUUCGGGACGUGCAUUAUAAAUGUGAUGUGGUCCACAUUUGGUAUAUUUGGAGACAUAAAAGUAGAAAACGACAGCAUGACAACUAACGUGGUCUACGUGAUUCUCCUUUUUUACAUCAUCCUCGCUGUUGUCCUGAUGCUGAACAUGUUGAUAGCUAUUCUCAACAACACCUUCGAGAGAAUUCAGGGAAACUGUGACAUUGAGUGGAAAUAUGCAAGAAGCCAGCUACUCAAGGAGUACAGAAACGGACAACCCUUCGUAUUUCCCUUGCACAUCGUUCUGAUACCUGUGACGAUCUGGUACCGGUCUGAGAUCGAGACUCGUGAUACCCUUAGACAACCAACAUCAUCAGGGAAUCUGGAGGGACAAACAGAUCGAGACAAACUGUUCUGUACACUCUGUGACCGUUACAGAAGAUCAACGGCUACCUCCGAAAUGUGUAACAGUAACACGUCUGUAGAUUUAUACAGCGAAAGGGACGAUCGAACAUUUGCCAAGGCUAUCGCUAUUCAGCGACACAACUCCUUCACUGUUGAAGCUAGGAGAUCCGUAAGUCAAAAAUCAAAGAGACAUUGUGUGAUCAAUCAAAAAAAUAAUCAUGAAAGUGAAAAUUUUUUAUCAGUCGACCGAAAAAGUUCAAAAAGUCAAUCAAGUGAAUUUGAAAGCGGUGAUAUGAUUUGGUAAUACUGCCAAACAUUUCAUCACCGCGAUCUCAUCCUGAUUGAUUGUAGUUAAAGAACCAGUCCACUUCGCUUGUUGAUUAUGACUGCUAAUACCAAUUCGAACUGCUUUAAAUACAAACGACUUGUAAAUAGCUUUCUCUAUUUAUUGUCUUUUAUUCUUAAAUGCGUUAAACUUAAAUACGUGGUUUUGCGACUUUUAACUUAAUCCUGACAAUUGUAUAUUUUGUGAGAUUGACUACGUCUUAUAUUUUUUUUGUUUAUAAUUAGAAAAAAGCUAUAUUGUUAUCUUUAAAUUUUAAAUUUCACUCC